UAAAUGUCCAAUUUGUGCCCUCCAGAUAAGCGUGGUAGAAUGGCAGAGCCCUUUUCAGCAUCCUGCUGGAGUCUCCUGGAGGUGACAUCCCCAAGCUGCUCCAGUGCCCACUGAGGUUUUCAGCACUCGGCUGUGGAAUUGAUGUCCCGGGACCAGACAGUGUGCAAAUACUGCGGAGUCAGUUACCUGACACUCCACGAGUUCAAGGUGAUGGAAGACAAAGUCAAAGCAUUGGAGAAGGAGAUUAAAGUUUAUAAGGGAAGCCUAGAACGGGAGCAGAGGCUUCAGGCAGAAUUGCAGGCUCUUCACCACGACCUUGAGCGCUGCCGGGCUGAGAGCGAAUCCAAAACGGAAAGGAUAAAAACCCUGACAGUGGAACUGAAAACCAAGCAGGAGGAGAUGAAAACUGUGAAAGCUGAUUUGCAGUAUUUCCAGGAGGAGAAGGAAGCUGCCUACAAGCAGUCACAGGUGCUCAGAACGACCUUGGAACACCAUUGCUCCACCCUGAGCAAGGCUGUCUCACUGUUCCCUUUCAUUAGAAGUGAAUUAGACAGUAUUAAAGAGGUCAUCUCCACCAACAUGGAGAACUUUGCUGCCAUGAAGGAGGAAAUUUUUCGGCAAAUAAAAGCCAUGAGCAAAGAAGCUCUGACAGAAAUACCCAAAUUGAACCAAAGAUUGGCAAAAUCCCAGCGGGAGAACGAGUGUCUGCAGGAGAAGGUCAAGCACCUCACUGAGGUGGCUGACACAGUUGAGCUGAAAACUCAGCAGCUCCAAACUUCCCUUCAGCAGGGCAACGAGCUCCAGAGUCGGUGCCGUGAGCUGCAGAAGGAAACUCUGGAGUUAACAAAUCAGGUGGAGACAGCUGGCCUGCAGCUGCAGAAGGUGACAGCAGAGAUGGACCACUACAAGAAGCUGUUGCUGGUGAAGUCAACAGAACUUGAUGUCUGUCAAAAUGAACUGAAAAAGAUCAAAUAUGAGAAUGGAGUCGCUGAGUCCAGACUUACAAAAGAGCUGAAGGAAAAGGAGGAAUCCCUUCUCGUGUGCCAACAAGUCUGCAAACAUUUACAGGAGGAGGUGGCAGAGAAAGAAAGGAGAGAAGAAGAUCUGAAAAGAAGAACUGGGAGAUCAGAGAGUGAGCUGGAAACCCUUAAAGCUCUGCUGAGCCAGACAGAGCAGGAGGUGCUGAUGCUGAAACAGGAAAGGGAGCUGCUAAAGAGCAGGACGGAGCAGCUGCAGGAGACACUGAGGCAGAAGGUGCAGAGUGAGGACUCCUGGAGGGACAAGCUGGAGAUGGACCUGGCCAAAGGGGAGGCUCGGCACAAAGAAGCAAUUCUGAAAGUCAGGGAAGAGGCCAGAGUGGAGCUGGAGCUGGAGAGACAAAAACAGCAGGAACUGAUCACAAAGUACCAGAGAGAGCACGAGGAGCUCCAGCAGAAGAUCCCAGGUUUAAUAUCCAGUGCCACCAAGAGCUUGAGGAUGGAGAUGGAAAUUCUGGAGAAGAAGCUCCAAGAUGCCCAAAUGAAAGUGGCAGAGAAGGAUGGAGACAAGGAAAAGGAAAUCCAGAGCCUUAAAAGGCUCAUCAGUGAGCUUGAGUUCCAGCUGACCAUGGAAAAGAGCAACAAUGAAUCAUUCCUGGAUAAACUGAGGAAAGAAAUUAAGCACAAGUCAGAUGAACUGGAAAAAUUAACCCAGGAGAAGACACAGCUGAUUCACAGCUUGAGUCAAGUUCAAGAGGAGAAUUCCCUGCUGCAGGACACGGUGCGCCGGGAGUGCGAGGAGCGCUUCGAGCUGACGGCGGCGCUGGGCCGGGCCCGGGAGCAGGUGCUGGAGCUGCGGCGGCUCAGCGGGACCCUCCCGGCCUCGCCGCGCUCGCUGCCCGCCGGGGACCUCCGCCUCUCCGGAGCCCUGGGCACGGCCAGGGCUGCCCGGGCCCCCGGCUCGGGCCGGCACGGCGGCAGCAGCGCCGGAUCCCUGGAUCCUCCCAAGGGAAGGGCGGCCCCGCUGGGCGAGCCCCGGGGCCGGGUCCCCGCCGGGACGAGGCACCGACCGAGCCAGCUCUGACAGCUCUGCCCGGGAAAGCGUUCCGGCCUCCGAAGGAACGCCUCCCGAACUCAUCCAUUCCUACAAUUUAAAAUCUAGUUAAAUAUUUGUUUAUUUUUGGUGCGGUAACUUUUAUCUGUCCAAUAAUUUAUUCAUGGUGUAAUUAAAUGCUGGGCGCGUUUCAAGAUGGGAAAAGUGAAAAGAGUCUCUCCAAGAGGAGCACAAGGAGCAGCACAUCUUCAAUGAGUGGGAUUGAAAUCCGAAAAUCCCUGGAUCCCAGAAGGUUUGGGUUGGAAAGGACCUUAAAAUUCACCCCAUUCCAAUGUCCUGGCCCUGGGCAGGGAAUAAUGGCCCAGCAUCACUGGAUCCAGGAGGGAUGGGGCUGGGAGCAACCUGGGACAAGAACUGGAUGAGCUUUGAGAUCCCUUCCAACCCAAACCAGUCUGUGAUUCCAUGAUUCCAUCAUCUCAAACCUGGGCUCUUAUCUCCCUGUUUGUGUCCUGGAGCAGCAGUUGCAGUAAAAGGGGAGUGUGGCCAGGGAGGAACAGCACGUAAAAUAACAGGAGCAGGAAUGGGAUCAUGGCUCUGGCACGAGGGAGUGGCCAGGUCCUGGAGGCAAACCAAGUCCAGAACAAAUAUUUCCCAUCUCCCCCUUCCUCCCAGAGCCCAGAGCUUCUGCUGCUAAGCAAUAAACAAAAUAUGGAAAUGUCAGGGACCCUUUCUUACUGGCUUUGAAAACAAUGUAAUGCAUCUCACCAUGUCAAGGAAAGUUUACCAAGUGGUUUCCGUGGUGGGAUGACAGGCAGAGCACAAAGUGCCACGGAGGACAUGGACACCUCAUUACAGCCCUGAAAUUUUAGGAAAUCAAACUUCCUGCAGGAAGCUCUUGUAGGAGAGCUCCUCCCUGGUGUCAGGGACCUUGCCCUCCAGGACUCAUGGCAUGAGGCAAAGCCAAACAAAGCUCCAGGAACAAACCUGUCCCUGUGGAUCCUGCCCUGAUUCCAGCCCUUCCCUUGGAGAAAACAUCCCGUGGCACGGGGCUGUCCUGUCCUUCCCUGCUGGAAAGGCUUCAAAUUGCCCCUGGCAGAGCUGGGGGUGGCACCUGCUCUGGAGGGAGCUCCUGCAGCCCUGACCCUUUUCAGACAGCAUCAUUCCCCUGUGCCAGGCAGGGAAAUGGGGCUCCGUGGGCUGGGGCUGAUGUUCUGUGUGAGCCCCAGACACAUCCCUGGUGUGGCCAAACCCCUCCUCACUGACCCUGCCAGGAGGGUGGCCAGGGGGGAUCCAUCCCUGCUCCCAGGGGACAAAGGGACAGCACAAGAAGAGCCCUGGAAUCUCAGUCAGUGCCUCAGUGUGGCUCAUCCUUUUCCCACCUGAAGUUGCCCAAAGUGUAAUGUUCUCCACAGAUGAUAAGAUGGAGAGUCCAGCCCCUGCCUGGUCCUGCUGCUCCUUCGGCAGAAAUUGGGAUCAGCAGUGGCCAUGCACAGCUUGCCAUGGAUAUCACUUCAUUCCCACUGGGAUAUCACAAACCAAAGCUGGGAUGAUCACUAGACCUUGCUCUGAGGUGUGUGUAGGAUCUGGGAUCCCGACUGUGCCUUGCAGAUGGAGUUUUUCUACAAAAGAAGAAAUUGGACUGCAGGAAAAACCAUCUUAGUUCCUAAGCAGUGUUAAAAGUGCAUGGAAAUAGAAACUGAUGCCACAGAUCAUUAAAAUGUAUUAAUCAGAAUAAAA